GCUCGGCGCUCGGCGUGGCAAGCGGAGCGCCGAGGUGGUCGAUGGGACAGCUGACUGGCCGCGACCGCUGCACCGGCCAUUUCCCGCCGGCCCGGCCUGAAGCGGAGCCCGGCGUCUCCUCCCGGGCACCAAGCCACCUCUCCCGCAGGUAGAGACCAUGCCUCCGAAAUUCAAGCGGCACCUGAACGACGACGAGGUGACAGGCUCGGUGAAGAGCGAGCGGAGGAACCUGCUGGAGGAGGAUUCAGAUGAAGAGGAAGACUUUUUCUUGAGAGGGCCUUCUGGACCAAGGUUUGGACCCAGAAAUGACAAGAUCAGGCAUGUCCAGAACCAGGUGGAUGAAGUCAUUGACGUUAUGCAGGAGAACAUCACAAAGGUGAUUGAACGAGGCGAGCGGCUGGAUGACCUGCAGGAUAAAUCAGAGAGUUUAUCAGACAACGCAACAGCUUUCAGCAACAGAGCCAAGCAGCUUCGGAGACAGAUGUGGUGGCGAGGUUGCAAGAUGAAGGCAAUCAUAGCACUGGUGGCAGUCAUUGUCCUGCUUGUGAUCAUCGUACCAAUAGUCUUGAAGUACCACACCUGACGGGGCAGCUGGAGGCUUUGGUGGAGCUGGCUCUGGGAUAACCAAACUGCUGUGUAAUUUAAGUGAGAUAUCUGUAUAUAGCUUUGAAGUUGUUUUUCUCCAAGGAGUGAGGAGGCAGCAGCAAGUACCCAGUUCUGAAAGUAUUUUAAGAACUGCCAAAUGAUUUUUUUUUGAGUACCUGCUCCUGCUAUGAGAAUUUUUUUUUAUAUAACAGAAGAUACCAUUCCCAAACCGCCUGUUUUGUGGAAUUUUGGGUCUCUUGUUUGGAGCUGGCUACUUGCCACUAUGGUUUAUCUGUAUAUAUGGUCUAAUAUUAAUAAUAAUACCAUUUAAGCAGUUCCCUGCUGCCUGCUGUGGAAGGCAGCAGGGACUCUGUCCUUUCAAAGCAAAGGAGAGGAGAAACAUAGCAUUAUCUUAUAGGGAACAGACCCUUACAAGGGUGGUGUUUUCUUAUUUAAAUAAAGAAAUAAUUUAGGUUUUCCAGUCCAGAAGACUUUCUGGUCCUGCCGUGGGAAUGCACAAGCUCAGUGUUUUCAGUAUUGCUGCUUACAGCUGUGACUAAAGACAUUCCAGUAAACCUAUUUUUGACUGUA